UGUGCGAACAGAACGAACGAGAGACGAGAGAGAUGCGUUUCUAGGUUCCCAACCGCCGCCGCCCGUUUGACCUCACCGCCGUCGGAGCUCCCGCCGCCCCCUUCUCGUCCGCCGCCCCUCCGACAUCCACCUCCGCCGCUCUAGACCGGUUCCGUUCCGCCGCCCUUCUUCUCGGCCCGUGACCGCCAGAUCGGCGAGCUCGUCCGCGGCCGCCGCCCGUCGUCUUGUCGCGCAUCCUUUCCGGCCGCCGGUCCCCGUUUCCCCCGCGUACAAGCUCUUCCAGGACCGCCGUACGGUUCUCCCGCCAGGAAGAAUCAUGAAGCUCUUCUAGGUGCCGACACACUGAAGCAAAUAAAUCGCUCAGCUUCACUAGUUAAUAUAAGUCUUGUUGAUUGCUUCAAAGGGAUGAAAUGGCGCCCCGUCCGAAGUUAUCUGGUAUCCAGAGGCAGGCCUUGGCAUUAUACAGAGGGUUCCUUCGGGCAGCACGGCUCAAGUCUCCGGAGGAGCGCCAGAUGAUCGAGUCCGUUGUCUCAGCAGAGUUCCGUGAGAAUGCAAGAAGUGUUGAUCGGAGGAACUUUGUGUACAUUGAGUACUUGAUCAGGAGAGGGAAGCGGCAGCUUGAUCAGCUCAAGAAUCCUGAUAUUACCGGACUUUCUACGCUUCGAAUAAAUAAGGCUUCUUCUAUUCCAUAAGAUUGUGCAAAUCAUGCUUUUGGUCUUUCUACUGGGAGAUAAUGAAAAGUGAAGGACUUUCUUUUGACGGUGUGUGAUAUAAUGGCACACAUAUGAAAGCUCUCUACGCAGUAAACUUCUGGAGCUCCCGCAUCGGCUGUAGAAAUCUCUAGAUUAAUUUCCUACUAUCUGCUUGCCUUCUGGAUAUCAGAAGUGUGGUUCAUGUAUAAAAUUGUUCUGUUAUCACCAACUGAUAUGGAACGGAGGGAGUACUUUUCCAAAUGUAAUUGUGAGCGAGCAUUUACAUUGAGUAUUUUUUGUGUUGUCUAAA